AUGCUUCUCUCCUCCAUCCCUCAGCAGCAACAACAGCAGCCCCGUCCCCUCACCUCGCCCUACAGCUAUCAGCACCACCACAUCAUCCACAGCAAUACCAUCAACACUAGCGAUACCAACAACACCCACUCUAGACACCAGAGUGACUCGUCCUCGUCCAACACCUCGGCCUCGUCUUCUCCACCGACCAAGUACAACAAGCGGACGCUGCAGCAGUACCGCCAGGAGCAUCUGGACAACAUGUCUAUCACCGUAGAGGAGUAUGAGGACGUCCUCAAUGCCGAGGUCUGGAUCGAGGUUAACAAGUUGCGGGACUAUGCUCGCCAUGGUAUCUCGAGAGAGGUUCGAGGGGAGGUUUGGUUGUACCUGCUUGGCAUCCAAGAGGCUGACCGGUCCAAGGAGAUCUCAACCCAGAAGCAAAAGCUGCAGGAGUACGAGCUGAUUGACAAGGACCCCAACGAGAUGACCAAGCGUGUUCGUGGAGAGAUCUCGCGGUAUCUUCGCAAGACCAACAUCGAAUCCAGUCGUAACAUGCCUCGGCUCUUUGAGGAUGUCAUCAGCGCCUAUUGCAAUCACAACCACCGGGUCGAAUAUUACCCCGCCAUGGUCAACCUCUGCGCACCCUUUAUCUAUUCGGUCAAGCGGGAAUGCGAUGCCUUCCUCUGCUUUGAAAAGAUGAUUAAUAUCCUUGAUGACCACUUCAGCAGUCGAGGCAUCAACGAGUCCGUGGCCAGUUUCAUGACGCUUUUCAGGACGUGCAUCCCAGAUUUGUACAGCUACUUUGAGGAGGAGGAGGUCGACAUCAAGGAGUGGGCUGCAUCGGCUCUUCAGUUUGUUCUGUCAAAGGAGCUCUCAUUAGAAAACACGAUGCGGUUGUGGGAUACCUACUUUGCAGUUCCUGACUGGAUCGAGCUGCACCCAUACUUCUGCCUUGCUGUCCUCAGACACCUCAAGGAGAAUCUGGAGGAGCUGGAGCAGUCCGAGAUUAGGACCAUGUUGAUGCGGUUACCUCCCCUGGAUAUGGAUCAGGUACGAAAGAGCUCUCAUUGUUUCUUUCUGUGCUUCCCUAAUGAUCUCUCGCAAAAGACUUGA